AUGGUUGAUUUGACUACAGAUGCAGCGUUAGAUGAAGAUCCUUACAAAGGUGUUUCACUAGAUUACUUAGAUCAUGGUGACCAGUGUAUUACAUGUCAAGUAUGCAUGGCAAAGUUAUGGGAUGUAGAAACGGCGAGAGGCAGAACCAAUAAUGGGAAAAAAAAACUGUUUACAUCUUUGGAUAAUGAAAGCAAGCAUUUUUUGAAAAACAUUCGCCGUUAUAAUUCUAUGUUCGCUUUCACAUCAAUGGGUGGUAAGGUCGAUCCGACUGUUAAUAGAGGUAAUGGCCCAUUUUGCUACAGGAUUAGCGGUGAAAACUAUCAUAGUAUUGGAAGUCUGUUGCCGGAGAAUGCCAAUAAACCAAAGUUUUGCCAGCUGUACAUAUACGAUACAGAGAACGAAGUUUCAAACCGAGAAUCGAUUUUUAGUCGAUCUAAGGAGUCACCUACAUCCUCUUCUGCUUCAGUUGAUCGUCAGUUGAUCCAACAUAUCAAGUCUGUGUUAGACUCCGAUAAUGUAUUGGUUAAAGUUUACAGGAUGGUUAGAGAUUGUUUUCAUGACGAUCCGCAGCUUACUCUUAAGGUACGUCUUAUUGGAAAAAGGGACAAGGAUGGUCGAAUGUAUAACUUACCAACAUGUGGCAAGGUUGCUGCUCUAAUUGUUGGAGAUGUUGAAAACGCAAUUGAGAACAGAGAUAUUGUUGUUGAAACUAAAUCGGGGACUCUUCAACGAAUAAGUGAAUUACAUCCUUCUUACCUUGCUCUUCAAUACCCAAUUCUCUUCCCAUAUGGAGAUGAUGGUUACAGAGUUGACAUCCCUCAUAGAGGUAUCAUAGAUGUAACCAACAAGAAGCGUCCAAAUUGUACGAUGAGAGAGUUCUUUUCGUAUCGUAUUCAACAAGAUAUAUCUAAUGUUGGUACACCUCUUAUAUUGCCUUCUUCGUUUACCGCUGGAGCUAGAUAUAUGAUGCAAAACUAUUUAGAUGCAAUGGCUUUAUGUAAAUGGUUCGGUUAUCCUGAUUUUUUUAUAACCAUUACAUGCAAUCCCAAGUGGCCAAAGGUAAAACGGUUUCUUAAAGACACCACUCUGAAUCCAGAAGAUAAGCCUGAUAUCCUAUCAAGGUUAUUUAAAGUCAAGCUGGAUGCAAUUUGUAAAGAUUUAAAGGAAUGUCAUAUGUUGGGAAAAGCAGCAGCAAUUAUUUAUACAAUUGAGUUUCAAAAACUUGGCUUGCCUCAUGCGCAUUUGUGCUUAUUCAUGGAACCAGAAGCUAAACUUCCCACUGUUGACCAAGUUGAUCCGUUCAUAUGUGCAGAAAUUCCAAAUAGAGAUGAUGACCCAGAGUUGUAUACGCUUGUGAAGGAUUUUAUGAUUCAUGGACCGUGUGGUAAUGCUAAUAUGAACUGCCCAUGUAUGGUUGAUAAACAGUGUUCAAAAGGUUUUCCUAAAAGAUUUCAAGAUACUACGACAAUUGACGCCAAUGGUUUCCCAUUAUACAGAAGGAGAGAUGAUGGAGCAACAGUUGUCAAAAACCGGAUCGAGUUAGAUAAUAGAAGUGUUGUACCAUACAACAAAAAGCUAUUGAAAAAGUAUCAGGCACAUAUAAACGUGGAGUGGUGCAACCAAGCUGGGUCAAUUAAAUAUUUGUUUAAGUAUAUCAACAAAGGUCCUGAUAGAGCAACAGUUGCUGUUUUGCAUAGUGAUAAUCAUAAUGAACAACAUGAAAAAGAUGAGAUUAAAGAGUAUUAUGACUGUCGGUAUAUCUCAGCAUGCGAGGCAUCAUGGAGGAUAUUUAGUUACGAUGUAAAUUACAGAUAUCCUUCUGUUAUCAGACUUCCAUUCCAUCUUCCAGGUCUCCAACCGGUUGUCUUUGGAGCAGACGAAGACAUCAAUUCUGUUCUUAACAGGCCAUCUGUCAAGUGUUCUAUGUUUAUGUCUUGA